ACAAGCGGAGAGUUCUUGAUUUCUGAGCACAAUUCCUCGUUGAUGAUAUCAAGUUUAAUGAAGGGCAACACUAACGUAUUAGUGAACACUAUGCUAGUCUGCUAAUCGGUGCGGUGCAAGGAAAUCCAGUUGAUUGAUGUGAACUUAUUUUGUCAAGUGGGCUGCGCAAGUAUUCAGUCAUACAUUAUAGAUCAAUCCGGCCAGACUUGGGAAAGACGAGAAUGCGGUUGGUAAUUUGACAUCGUUGAUAGAAUUUCUUGACGAAGCUUUAGAUUCGAUCGUAAACUCAACAGAUAAAUGUCCAAUGUUAUUACGUUAUCUUUUUGGAUGUUUACAACGAACCGUGCUUGAAAAAUGGCCAGAACAUGAAACAUUAAAAACAAGAGUUGUCAGUGCGUUUUUAUUUUUACGUUGUUUCUGCCCGGCCAUCAUGAAUCCAAGAAUAUGUAAUAUGAUGUCAGAUACACCUUCGCCCAUGGCCAGCCGGACUUUAACGAUGGUUGCCAAGUGUUUACAGAAUUUAGCCAAUUUAAUAGAAUUUGGGGCCAAAGAACCAUAUAUGAUUCCUCUUAAUCCAUUUAUACAAAAGAACAAGCCAAGAUUGAUAAAGUUCAUCGAUGAUCUUUCGUGCAUGUGAAAAGCAUACGAUAUA